CCCUUCCUUAAGCGACAACUUUGUGAGCAAACCAGGAGGCGGGAGGAGGGGUUUGUCCCGCGGCGAGGAGGAGGAGGAGGAGGAGGAAGAGCUGCUUUUAACCGCCCGCGAUGAGGAUCCGUCUGGCGAGAAGAUGGACGUGGGUCCGCAAAAGCUGCGUGUUUCUCGGCUUCUUGAUGAUCGCUUACUUUGCGGUCGAGCUGUCGGUUUCUUCCUUCGGUGCCUCCCUCGCCGGGGAGAGCAUCACCAAAGGGAAAUGGGAGAGGCGCUUUUCUGACAGAGCAGGAGAAGCUGUGGAUUUGGCUCGUCCCGUGUAUGACAAAUCCCCGCCCGAUCCUUACGCCCCAGGAGAAUGGGGUAAGCCCUUUCGCCUGCAGCUGACUCCCGAGGAGAAGAAACAGGAAGAAGAGCUGAUCGAGAAGUAUGCAAUUAAUAUUUACGUGAGCGAUAAAAUCUCUCUCCACCGGCACAUUGAAGAUAAUCGACUGAGUGGCUGUAAAACCAAAUCUUACAACUACAGGAGGCUGCCCACAACAUCUGUUAUAAUCGCUUUUUACAAUGAAGCCUGGUCAACGUUGCUGCGGACGAUACACAGUGUUCUUGAAACAUCACCUUCGGUGCUUCUAAAAGAAAUUAUACUGGUGGAUGACUUGAGUGAUAAAGUGUAUUUGAAGAGUGACCUCGAAAAAUACAUAAGCAGUCUGAACAGGGUCCGUUUGAUAAGAACCAACAAACGAGAAGGAUUGGUUCGUGCACGCUUAAUUGGCGCUACCUUUGCUACUGGUGAUGUCCUCACGUUUCUAGACUGUCACUGUGAAUGUGUCUCCGGCUGGCUGGAGCCACUGCUCGAGAGGAUCGCUGAGAACGAGACUGUUAUUGUUUGCCCUGUCAUUGACACCAUUGACUGGAAAACGUUUGAAUACUACAUGCAAACGGCAGAGCCCAUGAUUGGGGGGUUUGACUGGCGGCUGACAUUCCAGUGGCACUCGGUGCCCAAACAUGAGCGGCUCAGGCGGAAAUCUGAAACCGACCCAAUCAGAUCCCCAACUAUGGCUGGUGGCUUGUUUGCUGUCAGCAAGAAGUAUUUUGAGUACCUGGGUACCUACGAUACAGGAAUGGAUGUCUGGGGAGGGGAGAACUUAGAAUUAUCGUUUAGGGUUUGGCAGUGUGGAGGCAUGUUGGAAAUUCAUCCGUGCUCCCAUGUAGGCCAUGUGUUUCCAAAGCGCGCGCCCUAUGCUAGACCAAAUUUCCUUCAGAACACAGCACGUGCUGCUGAGGUGUGGAUGGAUGAGUACAAAGAGCACUUUUACAACAGAAAUCCUUCAGCAAGAAAAGAAAACUACGGAGAUAUUUCUGAGAGAAAGAUAUUAAGAGAACGUUUGAAAUGCAAGAGUUUUAACUGGUAUUUAAAAAACAUAUUUGCUGAGUUGCAUGUACCAGAAGAUCGUCCUGGCUGGCAUGGUGCUAUCCGCAGCGCAGGAAUAGCUUCAGAAUGCCUCGACUAUGUCUUACCAGAACAUCAUCCUACUGGGGCUCACCUUUCUCUCUUCGGAUGUCAUGGUCAGGGAGGCAAUCAAUUUUUUGAAUACACAUCAAAUAAGGAGAUUAGAUUUAACUCUGUAACUGAGCUAUGUGCUGAAGUCCCUGAGCAUGAAGACUUCAUAGGUAUGAGGAGCUGCCCAAAAGAUGGAUCUCCUACCCCGGAAAUUAUUAUAUGGCAUUUCAAAGAAGAUGGGACUAUUUACCAUCCUCAUUCGGGAAAGUGCCUUACCGCUUAUCGUACAACUGAGGGGCGUGCCGAUGUGCAAAUGAGAACUUGUAAUGCUGCAGAUAAAAAUCAGAUUUGGAAAUUUGAGAAAUAAUCACUGCUGGUAGUAUGAAUCGAAUGGACUGUAAUCUCCAAGGUUUUUACAUGUUUGAUUGUAUACCUUGGAAUGUCUUCAGAUGCAUCUGUAGUGGUGUAGAAACCGCAUCUGCUGUGGUGAACUGUAUGGAAAGCAAAAGUAAAUGCUGGGCUUUAGCUUCUAAAACGUCGAAUACAGAUCUAAUGCCUUUUAUUUUUGUAAAAUUUUGAUCCGUUAUUUUCGUACUUUUGUCUGUCUUGAUUAUGGUUAAACAAAGGCUUCUGAGGGGACUGAGGAGGGAUUUUUUUUUUUUCCCUUAAAAAACCCCCACA